AAAUAUAUAUAUAUAAAAAAAAAACAAUGUUGGUAGCUCCAAAGUCCCUGCUAGUUCUUGCGGUCUACGUUACAAUCAGCGACGCCGAGAUAACCGAGGUGGACGACGAAAGCUGCGAAACUCUGCAGUCGGAGGUGCGCAUCACCAAGGACGAGUACGACGAGAUAGGACGUCUGAGAAGGACGUGCAGCGGCGACAUAGCGGUCACCAAAUGCGAAGGAUUCUGCAACUCGCAGGUACAGCCAAGCGUCGUCACUACCACGGGCUUCUCAAAGGAGUGCUACUGUUGCCGGGAGAGUUAUCUGCAGGAAAGAUUUAUCGUUCUAAAUCAAUGCUACGAUGUGGAUCGGAUCAAAUUGAUAGGCACGGACGACGAGACAAUGGAAAUCAAGAUACGGGAACCCGCCGAGUGUAAAUGUAUGAAGUGCGCAAUCGUCGGGGUCGACGAGUGUCAGCCGACGAAAGUGAUACACUUCCUUCAGUAUCCAGGCUGUGUCCCGAAGCCGAUUCCCAGUUACGCGUGCAGAGGACGAUGCAGUAGUUAUCUGCAGGUGUCCGGGUCUAAGAUGUGGCAGAUGGAGAGGAGCUGCAUGUGCUGUCAGGAAAGCGGCGAGAGGGAGGCCAGUGUCACCCUGUUCUGCCCGCGGGCGAAGCCAGGGGAGAAGAAGUUCAAGAAGGUGAUCACCAAGGCGCCGCUGGAGUGCAUGUGCAGACCGUGCACGAGCGUGGAGGAGUACGCGAUUAUACCCCAGGAGAUCGCGGGCUUCGCCGACGAGGGUCCCUUCACGACGUCCGCGCACUUCAGACGAUCCUCCGGCCUGCGAUAGAAGAGUACCGUUCACACGAGGAUUGCGAUCUCGUGAAAUCGCGCGUACUUACUACAUACGGAAAACGCCGAUAUAUCUUAUUCAUUAUAUUAUAUAUUAUGAAAACUAAUAAACAGAAUCUCUAAGGAA